AUGGACAAUCCAUUGGACAAUCCGUCUGUGUCUCCGACUGCGUCGACUGUGUCGGUCGGAAAUACCAUCACUGGAUUGAUCCAGCGGUAUCAUGCCUUGUCCGCCCAACGAGACUCCGAGGACAACUUAAUCCAGGACCUAAUCGUGUUUUCUGAAUCACUUGAUGCACGAUUGGAAUCAGUCGAGUCACAGUCUAGUGCGGAAAUUACCGAGUUGGCGAGUCGGCUCAGAGACACAGAGCUCGAGCUCCAAGACACUCACAAGUCUAAGGAAGACUUGGAACAGAAAGUUCAGCAACUGGAGGAAGUAUAUCUCCAGAACCCCAACUGUCCAGAAGACGAGAACUCCUAUGUUAUCGUACUUCUAGACGCGAACUUCAUCCUUUUCAAAAAACACCUCGUCAAGCAAGGCGUUGAAGGUGGCGAGAAGGCAGCAAAUGACCUAAGGUCUGCCAUUCUUGGGCAAUGCGGUGCCUACUCCAGUGAAAUACGCGUUAUUGCGAAAGCAUACGCCAACUUCGAGAAGCUCAGCAAGGAAAUGUGCGACGAUGGUAGCCUGAAUAACGAGCAGGAUCUUGGGGAUUUCUUUGUGGGAUUUACCCAGGCCAUAUCCACGUUCGACUUUGUCAAUAUUGGCACAGCAAAAGGGCAAGUCGGCCGCAAAAUCAAAGAAUUGACGACCUGGCAUCUCCGCAAUAUCAACUGCAAACAGGUCAUUCUCGGUAUAUCACACGAUACCGGAUAUGCCUUGUUUCUCGACAACCUCUUUCAAGACAGCCAAGUCAGAUUCCGUGUGAUUGUCCUCGAGGGAAUUACGACAGUCCCAGAAAUCGUUAAGACGGGGGUCAACAUUCUAAACUUGAACGACAGCCUGUUCCGUUCCGAGAAGUCACUCAACACGACGCCUCCAAAGGGCCCAAAGGCACCAAGGGCUCCGAGGGCGUUGAUGGCGCCUAAGGCACCGAGCCCACCGACGGCCCCUACGUUUAUGACGGCCGCUAAACCCACAGCUCCAGCCAUGCCGACCCCGACACACCCCCCUAUUGCGACGUACGCUGGAGCCGUGCAAAAGCCGACACCACCACCCUCGGCCGCUCUUGCACGCCCCUUGGCCCAACAAGAAUCCCGGCCGACGACAAAGGUGUCGCCGUCAAACCCCACAUGGACCCCCGGCCCACGAGGUCUCGACCCGCCCCUCAAAGUCGCCCAGUCCGCCCUCGGGUCAAUCAGGAUACGAGCCGAGCGCCGCGACAGCAGCGGCAACUUUCCCAAGAAGCUCUGCAACAACCACUACCUGCGCGGGCCCAGUGCCAAAGGAAACAAGUGCGAGUUCGAGCACAAGUAUCGGCUCAGCUCGAGCCAAAAGGCGGCGCUGGCGUACUUGACUAGGUUGACGCCGUGCGCACAGGGACAGGAGUGUGAUGUUAAGGACUGUAUUUACGGUCAUCAUACGCCAAAGACUCCCAGCAGCAUGGCGCCAGCGACAAUCCAGAUCUUCUCCGACAUACAUCUCAAGACCCACGCCUCGUACGACUUCCACUUUAAGCAGACAGCCCCCAACCCCGCCCUCCUUGGCCCGCAGCUCCUCCAUCCUGACGAAGAAGACGUUCUAGUAUCGACAGAGCUGCUUCUGGAGGAAGACAAAGAAAUCAUCAUGUGCUGCGUGCCCGAUGUCGCUCGAUCCACCAUCGGACGCUUCGUUUUCCUCGACCAGACCCGGCACGAUGUCAACGAUACCCUCACCGUGCUGGACUGCGCGUUGUUUUCGCGCGUGACGCUGGAGUAA